AUGUUGACGGUGUCUCGGUUCCGUGUUUGGGUCAACAGGCAACUCGCUUCCCCGCCCCAGACAAUGACGCCGUCAUCGAUUUCAUCUUCGGAGGACUCUCCCAUCUCGGAGCAUCCCAGCAUGCUGAAACGCUUGCCCAUGGGUGUGGACGAGUCACCCAAUGCUCGCAGUAAGAGUAUCACUGUGGCCGAUGGGCCUGAGACCUACGGAGCCCUUAACCGCCACCCUGCUGCCACGGCUGCCGCGUCGUCGCAAGGUGCGGACACGGACAACUCGAACUUCAGCUUCCGCGUCGGCGUCAGCGAGGACAGGAAUAAGCGCUGCCGGAGAGUCAUGGAGGACGCGCACAGCUUCGUCUACGACUAUGCUGGCGUCCGUGGACAGGGGUACUUCGCCGUGUUCGACGGACACGCCGGCAAGCAGGCUGCGGAGUGGUGUGGUCAGAACUUCCACGAAUAUCUGCUCGACGCGCUUGUCGACUACCCCAACGAAUCAAUCCCCGACGUGCUCAACAAGACGUACCACGCCGUGGACAGCCGUAUCUCGGCCCUUGCGUACAAGACCAAGGUCCACUCUGGUUGCACUGCCGUCACUGCGUUCCUUCGCGUCGAAAAGAACGAGGAUGGCCCGUGCGGGUUCAUCAACCCCGCACUGACGUCGCGAGGUUUGAUGGAGGGCAAGAACGAGGAGGAAUUGGAGGCGCAGACGAGCGGCCAGAUGGAGCGCCGUGGAUCGAUGGGCGGUGGAUCGGCAGGAGUCGUUGGCGGCGCUGCCGCGCAGGAGGGGAGCCUCAGGCGCAAGAUGUCGGGACGAAGAAUUCGGGACUUCGUACGUGGUCUGACUGGUCACGUUAAGGACGACAGUGCCAUCGACGACGAUUCUGCGUCUGACGGUGCUAACAUUGAGACUCUGAGCCCUCAGUGCGACAGCGGCAUUAGGAGGAUGCUGUACACGGCCAACGUUGGCGAUGCCCGUGCCGUUCUGUCCCGUGGUGGCAAGGCCGUUCGUCUGACUUAUGACCACAAGGGAAGUGACAGCCAAGAAGCCAAGCGCAUCACGGAUGCCGGUGGCUUCGUCAUGAACCACCGCGUGAACGGUGUACUCGCGGUCACGCGAUCUCUUGGCGACGCCUCGAUGAAGGACUUCGUCGUCGGAUCCCCGUACACGACCGAGACGCGGCUGGAGAAGGAAGAUGAGUUCUUGAUCAUUGCUUGUGACGGGCUGUGGGAUGUGUGCGAGGACCAGGACGCGGUCGAUCUCAUCCGGAACGAGCCGGAUCCGCAGGAGGCAUCGAAGAAGCUGCUGGACCAUGCGCUGAGCAACUACUCGACUGACAACCUGAGUGUGAUGGUGAUCAGGUUCAACCAAGGUUAG